AUGACUGAGAAACGCUCAGUGCGUCCACUGGUGGCGCCAAAACCCUCCUCAAUCCAGCAAAAUGUUGCUAUUGCCUCCCCUAGGCCCUCGCCGGUCUCUUCCCCGGCUUUGCGAGGGGCUGCUUCUGCUUUUGGGCCUGGACUUUUGAAACCUAUCAAUGCCAGCUCCAUUUCAAACCCAUCUGCAGGUGCACUUGCUGCAGCUGCCGCUGCAGGGAGAAGACAGCCGACCCCGCUACCGCAAGAGUCCUCUGCCCCCUCCGACCUUGCAGGUCCCCGUGGACGUGCUUUGACAGCUGAGAGGCUUCCUAUCUCUGUUUCCAGCCAGCACUCGUCUAUAUCACCUCCCAAGACCGGACUCUUACCACACUCUCCGCGGUCUACAUCUGCUGUUGCUGCUGUCGCCGCAUCUGCAAGAACGAGCCCUGUGAGACCCGAAUUAAAACGAGAUACAACGGGAUCAUAUCAGUUAAAAGCGGAGGCCUUGAUGAGCACUCGGCAACGUGGAAUGAGUACAAGCAGUAAUUCGGACCCCCAACAACCCCAGCCCAGAGAUCAAAAUGCUCUUGCAGGUGCCACGGCAUCAAUGGCAGCCGUUGCAAGCCAGCUUGCAGCACAAAGAACUGGAGAGAGACAAAAACAAGAAUUUGGAACUAUAACACAACCCAACCUACACACAUUGUAUCCGUCUACAGUAUCCUCCCCUUCACCUUCAGCUUCUGGAACCGCCGCUGCAGCAACGGCAACCAGAAAUGCGGCGGCUUUUGAGUUGGCAAGACGAGCUUUCUCCCCUUCGAGUGAGCAACAUCAUGUCGGUACAUCUCCAAGGGAAUCAUCCCUUGCGCAAUCAGCAGCCAGUCAUGGCAACGGGCCUCAAGUCAAGGUCACCCCACCACAUACAGACACUGAAAGUGAUGUGGUUCAUGUAGUAUCUGAGCAUGUUAGGAAGCCCAUCCCAGCUCCAAUACCAUUGCGUCCUGCACGUGCUGCUAUGAUUGCUCAGGAAAAGGCCAGUCACAAUUCACAAUCGCCUGCACGGGAUCCCAGACCAAAGAUGAGCGUCAACGCACUUGCAGAUGCUAUGGUCGCAGGAUCUGUCGCCUCAUCACAUGCUCCAUCACGUAUGCAUUCUCCAGCGGUGAAACCACCUCCACCAAAACCCCGGCGACGGUCCAAGUCAGUUGGCUUAUUCGACAGUUCAAGGCAUCGUAAAAAUACUUUCGGACUACAUACUGGAGCAGAAACCCCUAAACUUGAUCCACCUGCUCCACGAACCAUGCGGCAUACAUUACGCAAUGCGUCUCCUGAGCAAGAAGACAAAGAUGAGGGAACUACUAAGCGUGGCCGGCGACAUUGGAGGCGACAUCCCAACAUGCACCAUGAGGGUGAUCGGAAACGCUGGCGUGAUAAAGUGACGGAACGAGAACGUAAGCGCUAUGAAGGUGUUUGGGCCGGUAACCGUGGGGUCCUUAUCAACCAUGACCUCGAAUAUCUCGAUCACGAAGGUGCCAGUGACCUAGUGGUCAAUAUAGUGGUGAGAGAUAUCUGGGAGCGCAGUCGACUUCCUCACGACGUCUUGGAGGAAGUCUGGGACCUGGUAGCCGCAUCCGACGCAAAGGCUCUCAACCGGGAAGAAUUCGUCGUCGGGUUAUGGCUGAUUGAUCAGCGACUCAAGGGUAGGAAACUGCCCAUAAAGGUUUCGGCUAGUGUUUGGUCCAGCGUUCGUCAUAGUUACGGCGUCAAGAUCUCGACAAAACCGAUCCCGAAAUAA